AAAGAAAAUACCGACCCGAACCGCAUUCAAAUACGAACAAAAUCCGACCGUUGGGAAGUUCAUCGUUUUGAACUAAUCCAUUUCUUCUGAGUUGAACCAAAGAAAAAAAAAACACUGUUCACUCUCUCGUUGAUGAUCUCCUUCACCGAUUCGAAUCCGAUCUGAAAUGGUGCAAGAGGGAUCGACAACAAGCGCUUCAGAGCCAGAACGAGAAACGGUUGGAUCGAAACCGCUCGAAAUCGGAAAUGAUGGCGCGGGUUACUUUAGCCCUAGAUUCAAAUCGGCGGCCGCCAUGGCCGGCUGGGACGAAGAAGCGCUUCUAAUCGCGAGCCUCGUCGUCGAAGACACGCCGGACAGAGAGUUCCGGCAGAAGAAACGAUUAGUUCUCCAGUGCAAGAGUCCUCUGUCUGGUUCGAGAAGGAAACGAAGGGCUUCGGCAAACUUAAUCUCGAUUCCGGCGGCUGUUCUUGACCUCGAGGAAGAAGAAUCGACUGUGAAAGAUGAUGCUCCAAAACAAGAUCAAGAAACAGCAGAGGCUGACCCAAAGAAAAGUGAUUCAUUGGAUGAACAGAAAGCUGGUGCUUCUUCUUCUUCUUCAACAUGUUCAACUCUUCCAUGCAUGGAUAAGCUCAGAGAAGAGCUUUCUUGUGCUAUUUGCUUGGAAAUUUGCUUUGAACCUAGUACUACACCUUGUGGCCAUAGUUUCUGCAAGAAAUGUCUGAGAUCUGCAGCUGACAAAUGUGGAAAAAAGUGCCCUAAAUGCAGGCAGCUAAUAAGCAAUGGGAGAUCUUGCACUGUAAAUACAGUUCUUUGGAACACCAUACAACUUCUUUUUCCUCAGGAGGUUGAAGCAAGAAAGGAAGCAAAAGGAGGGUGUAGUAGCCAUGACAAGAAGAUUCAAGACACAGAAAAGGCCUUCUAUAGUAGUUCGUCGAACCAUAACAUGCGAGCAACCCGAACAUCGAGUAGACAUGGUAGUACUAGCUCAAGAAGAAGGGAAAUAAUGGGUCGAGAUGAGGAUGGCGAAUCGAACGGUAGAAUGAUGCAGCAAGCUCCAUUUUCAAAUGCUGUAAGCAGCAGAGUUCAGUCCAGAAUGCACCAUCGAAGUGUUCGGCCGGUGAGGACGACGACUCGAGAUGCAGAUGUGAGUAGGAGGAGAGGUACGCCAGAUCAAGAUCAGGAGGCUGCUUUGGCACUGAGAUUGCGGAGGGAAGAGUUUAUGGAGGCUUUCAGAGAUAAUCAAGUGCAAACCAGAAGCUCAGUGUCCUUGGCUAGAGCUAAUCUUAGAGCAUUGGCUGCCAUUAAUGGUGCCCAGGAACUUCUCUAUUUGUAAUGCCAGAUUGUUCUUGAAUAUUAGAAAAUUGUACACAAUUCGUGGGGGUAAAAUAGGAAGAACGAUGUUUAAUCUCGGUGCUCGCUUUCGAAAGAGAAUCGGAAACAUUUUACAUUACAAGACCAA